AUGAGAGAUAAAAGAUCACAAAGAACUGAAGAACAAGUCCACCAACAAAAUGCUGAUGCACGUGUGACCAUUCAGCAAUUGCGUCAAGAACAAUCAGAAGAUACACGAGCUGAGCGCAAUAAAGUUAUACGCCUUCCAGUACUAGCCUUCCAGUUGAAGCCCGAUAUUCAAUAUUAUGCUCAUUCAAAAGUGGUAAUUGGUGGUGUGGAUAAGGAAUGUCCGCAUUGUCAUGCGUCAGGAAAAGUGCAACUACCUGAAAUUGAAACACCAUCUAAACCAUUGAAUGGUUUACUUAUCGGCACGGAUCCAGAUUCUAACGUAUUCCUGAAGUCAAUUCGAACAUUCAAUUGCUGCUUUCAAAUGACAUUGUUUGGAGCAACAGAAAUAGUUCGAAAUACUAAUGCUAAUGGUCAACAAUACAAUUCUACAUUCAAAAUCAGAGGCCAAGUUUAUCAUAAAAUGGGCUCAUUGCUGCCAAUGCCAAACGAACCACAUAAAUUUUUACAAAUCUACUUUAUGGGCGGCGAGGAUUCCGAAAGCGCACUUGCUAAUCACGUGAAUGCACGUUGUGACUAUAAUAACCUUGAUUCAUUUUUUGCCAGGCGCAUCGUCAGUGACUUCGACGCUCUAUUAAACGAGCACAAUGACUUGUUGAAAAUAUUCAAAUCACACAUGCACAAAUUACAAAGCGAUAAUCACGCUAUUGUCAUUAACUCUGAUAAAACACCAGCUGGAGAACAUAUUCGUAGAUUCAAUCCACCUGUUGUUGAAGACGUUGCUGGAAUCAUGGUUGGCGAUUGUACAGGUACACAAGAAAUUGUGAUUCGUAGAAGUAAUAAUAAUCUUCAGUUCAUUGCUGAUACACAUCGUUCAUAUGAUUCUCUCCAAUAUACGCUAAUAUUCUGGAAGAGGCAAGAGGGAUAUUGCAUAAACAUAAAACAACGAGAUCCCGUAUCAGGAGCUGAAACAAACAAGAACGUUAGCUCGAAAGACAAUUAUGCGUACCGAUUAAUGAUUCGGCGCGGCCUGGACAACGUCAUUCUACGAUGUCGUGAGCUUUGUCAACAAUUGAUUUUCGAUAUGUACGCGAAGAUAGAGGGCGAACAACUACGAUACUUACGAUAUAAUCACCUCAAGCUGCCUGCGGAAGAGUACGUUCACUUAUGA